GACGCUGACGUGAUCAAUAGUUUUAAGAUGAAGGUUCAAAUAUUAACAAUUCUUCUGCAGCGGAACAUCGCCCUUCACUCGCUUACCCCUCUCUUGCAGUUCCGCAAUUUUAAUGCGCGUGUCGAUAGAUAGCUUCGAUUCAGCUCAGACUGCCUCCAUUCCUUACACGUCAUUCAAAUCAUCUUGUACCCAGGUUCCCUGCCUCAUUCUUCUUGAUCUCCGAGAGAUAUAGCCUUGACUAGACGCGCCAUGGUAAACACUGUCUACGUGAUCACAGGCACCAACAGGGGCAUUGGCCUGGGCCUCGUCAAGGGCUUGUUAGCCCGCCCAUCCACCACCGUCGUUGCUUCAGUGCGAAAUGAUGCCGCUGUUGCAUCUCUGAAAUCGGGCACUGCCGAUGUCACCAAAGGCGAUCAGAGCGACCUUCAUGUCAUGCUGCUUGACCUCUCUACAGCUCCAUCUCCCGCCGCCGUGCGCGAGGCUUUCAUGGCGGCUACUGCCGGCACCAUCGACCGGAUCGAUGUCCUGAUCUGUAACGCGGGCGCCCCCUUUCCUAUGAUACCCAUCUCGGCAACGCCUGCCGAGGACUUCCGCAAAGCAUUCGAAAUCAACACAAUUGCCCCGUUGAUGGUCUUCCAAGGUCUCUGGCCACUGAUGGACAAACCCCGCUCCUCUACCGAUGUUCCCGCCAAGUUUAUUGCUGUUACAUCCGCGGUCGGAUCGAUCUCGACACAGGAGCCUUUCCCUGGAGGGGCUUAUGGCCCAAGCAAGGCUGCUUUGAACCACAUCACCAAGUCUCUACACGUACAAAAUAAAAAUCUCGUCUCCAUAGCCCUUCAUCCGGGUUGGGUCCAGACCCGCAUGGGUGAAAUGGUAGCAAAGGACUGGAACUAUGCUGCCGGGCCCCCGGACACAAUUGAGAGCAGUGUCACUGGUUGUCUUCAAGUCAUUGACGGAGCGAGCAGAGAGACUACAUCGGGGAAGUUCGUGUUGCAGACUGGCCAGGUUGUUCCUUGGUAGAAGUCCUUGUAUUUCGGAAACUUAUUCAUCAGGGACACCGCGUCCAUUUUUUAUCAACGAUGUAGUCCCACAUACUCGUCGAAUCAAGCUCGCCAAAAAUCACGAUACCUGCAUUCCCUCAUAUCAAAUAUGCAUUCGUGCUCUCUGCAUUGUUUAGUCACAAAGCCGGUACAGCUUAAACAGGCUGCUUACGGGGGUCUAGAGCAACUAUGUUUCAUCAGCA